AUGAUCCCGGAUGUCAACGUGCUUGCGAUUGAUUUGGCUGGUUUGUUCCGGUCGGGGUACGACGAGCGUAUCAGUAAAGUGAAAUACAUGCUGCAAGCAGUUUUUGUCCUCCCAGACCUCAAGGCCUUGAAAACCAGAGACCAAAGCCAGGACCCAAAAGGCCAUGAAAACCCAGAAGCUGGAGGUCUCCAGAACCCAGGAGCUACAGUUGCAUCAGGUGCUGACGCUAUCCUGAGUUCACCUUCCUAUGCUCCCACUAGCGAUGAGGAACUUGAGGUCCCCUCGCGGGUACGUAAGGUGCGGCUGAGCCCGGUUGGUGUUGGUGAGGAUUUGAGUUCUUUGCCAGAGCGGCUCGAUAGUGAGGAAGGGGUACAAGAUCUCAUUGGGGACCAGGACAAGGAUGAUAUUUUUGGCGUCAGCGAUGACGAGAGGGAGGAAAAACCUGAAUCCAAAGGACCCCCAAAACCUAUGGAUGAUGCAGGGGUUCAUCUCCUUAGCGAGUUGCCGGUGAUUGAGCUUACCUUUUGCGAACCCCUGAAAUCCAAAGCCUCAAAGGAAGUUCUUACUGCUAUUCGAAAAAUAGAGACAAGAAUCCACUCUUUGGGUUUCAAAGUGCAACGUAUCCACUCGGACGCAGGGUUGGAGUUUCAAAACAAGCACCUAGCGGAGUGGGCGGCGUCCCGGCAGAUUUUGCUGUCAAACACGUUGGGGGAUAACUGGCGCAGCAACGGCCGUGCUGAACGCUCCAUUGCGAUGGCCAAGCAACUCACUAGGACCCAUCUUUUGGCCACGAAGUUGGAUAAGGACUUGUGGCCAUUGGCGUGGCGCUGGGCCACAGAACAUCGGCUACGGGAGGGCCUAAAAAGGUUAGGUCAGACGGUGGUGCCGAUGGUGCCAUUUGGGUGCAAGGUGUAUGUGCGUCAGAGAUCUUGGAGGCUGAAAAACCAGUGGUCAGAGCGGGUGGUGCCAGCUGUGGUGCUGGCUCCCGUUUAUGGGGUGCCGCAAGCGUGGGUGAUUCGCACAGAUGAGGGGGAGUUUUUUGCUACCACGAUAAUCUUUAGGGACGUUCUCACGUGCCCCAACCCUCCAGCGUAUGUUCCCGCUGCCACCACCCACAGCGCUCAAUCGCCGUUGUCUACGGAUGCCCCAGCGGCUCCCACACAUCAGAGGGAGCCCGCUCGACGGAUAAGGCUGAAGACGAGGCUAGCCCGUCUGCAUAGCCAUUUUUUGUCUGAAGAUGAACAUGCUGCAGUGAUAGCUGCCACGCAACCUUUUGCCUUCAAUCGAGCUUUGGAGUUCCUGAAGGCCUCAGCGUGGGUGAAAUCCAAGGCGAGUUGCUCUGCCACUACAAGGGAUGGGAUGCAGGGUACCUGGGGACUCUUUCGGCAUGGAGGGCAGGUGGGACUGACAAACAUGACACGACUCCCUGGGUUUGCCCGCUUACUGGCUGCUGUCAUCCGGACCGUAGCGCCAGGGGUUUCGUUUACCACCGUAGCCCUAUUUACGCAAGGAAACGUUGGCCCGCACCGCGACAUCAAUAACAUCCCCAACUCCAACGUUCUGUAUCCAAUUUGCCUUCCCAAACCAGGGAUGUACGUUUGGUCGCAGCUACAAAUGGGUGAUCAGUUGUCAGGACCUGUAGAAGUUCGGGCGGUGCCCGGCGGCGAGUUGCAAGCUGGACAGGUGCGUUGGUUGCGGGAGCGUGAGCCGCUUCAGCUCAAUGCGAAAUCCUGGCAUUCGGCCCAGGUUCUUGGUCAGACGAUGCUGAUGAUGCUCAUCAGGGGGGAGAGGGUGGUAUGCUGGAGGAGGGAGCGCGUCAUGUCGAAGCACGUCACCCCCCGAUAA